AUGGCUUUCCUCUUCAGAACGGCCAUACAGUCCGUAGGGCUUUCACUCUCACUGCUGGGAUGGGCUCUAGCCAUCAUUACAACGCAUCUGCCACACUGGAAGAACCUCAACCUGGAGCUGAACGAGAUGGAAACCUGGACCAUGGGGCUCUGGCAAUCCUGCGUCAUCCAGGAGGAAGUGGGGAGGCAAUGCAAGGACUUUGACUCCUUCCUGGCCUUGCCAGCCGAACUCCAGAUCUCCAGGGUCUUGAUGUCUCUGUCCAAUGGGCUGGGGCUGCUGGGGCUGCUGGCCUCUGGCUGCAGCCUGGACUGCCUGAGGCUUGGAGAGACCCAGAAGGGUCUGAAGAGGCGACUGCUCAUCCUGGGAGGGCUCCUGCUCUGGACUUCGGGCGUGAUGGUCCUGGUUCCUGUCUCCUGGGUGGCCCACGUGACAGUGCAGGAGUUCUGGGAUGAGACCCUGCCUGAGAUUGUGCCCAGGUGGGAGUUUGGGGAGGCCCUUUUCCUCGGCUGGUUUGCUGGCUUCUGCCUCGUGCUAGGAGGGUGUCUGCUUCACUGUGCAGCCUGCUCAAGCCCAGCAACUCCAGCCUCGGGCCGCUACGCAGCCACAGGAUUGCAAGACCACGAUGCAUACCUGGAAAACGGAACUGCACAACCUAAAGUGUAA